UGCUGUCCCGGGAGCGGGCUCCGCAUGGGGGACGUGUGUGUGUGUGUGUGUGUGUGUGUGUGUGUGUGUGUGUGUGUGUGUGUGUGUGUGUGUGUGUAUCCAUCCAUCCAUCCAUCCAUCUAUCUAUCUAUCUAUCUAUCCAUCCAUCCUAAUCGCUUGAUCCGAUCGCGGUGGUCUGAGUCUGCCCACGUGGUACCCAAUAGAUGGGGUGCCAGUGUAUGUGAUACAUCUAUCCAUCCAUCCAUCCAUCCAUCCAUUUUCCAAACCGCUUAUCCUACUGGGUUGCGGGGGGUCCGGAGCCUAUUCCGGAAGCAAUGGGCACGAGACAGGUAACAGUGCUAAUCACUGCACCACCAUGCCGCCCCGUAUGUGAUACAAUGAUACAUUUUACAUAGAGUACUGAAUAGCCUUAUGCAGAAGUCGCUACACUGUCAUAAACGUAAUAUAGUUCAUUAAAUGUCGCCGUUUUUUGCUGGAUCAGUCUUUGCCGAUAAGGAGCAGUGCAUGUCGGUAACUUAGUUUUUACUUUACUCCCGGUAGGGAGCAGACUUGUGUUUUAUCGUUUGGAGAAAGUGGUUUAUCUUCUCAUGAAGUAAUGCCGCCUAUAAAUCGCUUAAUGUACGUCGCUAGCCGUGCUGUCCCGUCGCUUCUGUUUCUGAAUAUGUAAGAAAUAUUUGACUCUGUAAAGGGCAUUGAGUCUAACUGAUGACUCACUACAUUACACCAAACUACUGUAAUUAUUUUUCUGCCACCGUGGUGUUGUUAGGUGUGAGCAGCCUAGCCCAAAUCCGAGACCAUGAGUCACCCCCCCCCCCCCUUCCUGAAUCCCAUCUGUUUAGUAAUGUGCCUAGGAAGAAGAUUAAGAUUAAGAUGCGCCCCGUCAAUCAUCACCGCACUAACUGACUUUUAAUUGUUGAAGCCGUAAGCCGUUUAACAAAUGACCCUUUAUUUAGAGGAAAACUUGCGAGGCUGGUAGGAUGAUUUUCAGAUGCAUGAUCUAUUUGAGAGGCUGGAGAUGGGCUGCUGUUCGUUAGUGUUCUGGUUAAAGUUUCCAAAAAUAAAAUUGAGCUAAUACAGGUUAUCAUUACCCUCCAUUUGUAUUAUUAUUAUUAUUAUUAUUAUUAUUAUUGUUGAUUAACUCAUUCUAAGGGAGACUGAAGCUGUGUCGAUGGUUCCUUGCACCAAAGAUCAGUGUGUCUGUCCUGUCUGGUCUCCUCAAAGCUCAUUUCAUUCCAACCCCAAACUAAAUCUUUGUUUAAGGAUUAAUUUGGAGAUUGUUGCCAUAGGAACAGACAUGCCACAGUGUGUAAAGACUGAAAAGUGGUAAAAGCAUUAUCUUCUGCCUUGCUGAGGUUGACUCAUCUCCUAUCACAUGGGAACUAUGUUCUGGGUUUUCUACUGGGUCUUCUGAAUGAAGUUCUUCCUUAAUCAUCAUGGGCUGAUGCUGAGGUCAGGUCAGGUGCGGAGGACAGUAUGGAAAGAAAUUGUAAUAAGAUGAAAGGUUCUUAUCACUGAUAUAUUUUUUUAGGUUUUUAUGUUUUAUGUACCUCUAAGAUCUGUUUUUUUGUUUAUUCGAUCAGUAUGAAAUGUUUAACUUUCGUUAACUUUCCUGGCAAAAUUUGUUUGCCCGGUUUGCUUGUGUUUAGAUAAGGUUUCGGUUUGUAAGCUGUCAGAAUAUAUCUUCCAGCCACUUAUCCUGCUCCAGAGCAUGUUAGAUAAAAAUGUCAUGAACAUUAAUUUGUAGCUGGGAGAGUAAAAUUAGGCUUGUUCUCCAAGCAGUUUUAUAGGCGGGCUGGCAAACAGCAUGUGAGUCCGUCAGUGGCCAGCAGGUGGCGCCCUGCGGAGUCACACUCGCAGAUGACCUUGCACCGCCGCUGGCAUUUUGGUUACACUGCCCAAUCAGAGAGGGUCAGCCUUUUCCUGGGUGUGUCUGUUGAAAACUUCACGCUCACAAAGUCACAUUGGUUGCCGACGGACACCCUCGACCUCCAAUCUUGGAGCAGAGUAAACCGAUAUUUGCGUAAUCUUGACGGGAGCUGGACACGGACUCCGUGUGUAACGUGAGUUCCAUGGGCAGCAGCACCAGCAGGCUGUACAGCGCCCUCGCCCAGCCAGUCGGCAGAGCCCAGCCCGAGCAGCCAGCGCUCUCCGCUGGGGGCGAUGCGGACGGUGUGCUGCGGGAGUGCGAGGAGGCGCUGCGCGACCGGCCGCCCCGGGUACAUCGCCACUUCAUCGCCGUCGAGGCUGCAGCCCAGCAGCAUCACUCCAUCCGUGUCAUGCAGUGGAACAUUCUGGCCCAAGCCCUCGGAGAAGGCAAGGACAGCUUUGUGCGCUGCCCACCCGACGCGCUGAUCUGGGCCGAGCGCAAGUACCUCAUCCUGGAAGAGAUCCUAACGUACCGGCCGGACAUCGUGUGCCUGCAGGAGGUCGAUCAUUACUUCGACACCUUCCAGCCAGUACUGGGCAGCCUGGGAUACCACUGCACCUUCCAGCCCAAGCCACGCUCGCCCUGCCUGGACGUGGAGCACAACAACGGCCCCGACGGCUGUGCCCUCUUCUUCCGCCGCGACCGCUUCGAGCUGGCGGGAAGCGUGGGGUUGCAGCUGGCCGCCGCUGCGCUCGACACCAACCAGGUGGCCCUCGUGCAGACGCUGCGGUGCCGAGCGUCGGGCCGCCGGCUGUGUGUGGCCGUCACGCACCUGAAGGCGUGCUGCGGCUGGGAGCGACUGCGCAGCGCCCAGGGCGCCCACCUCCUGCGUGCGCUGGAGGACACGGCCCAGGGCACCAGCGUGCCGCUGCUGGUCUGCGGCGACUUCAACGCCGAGCCCUGCGAGGACGUCUACCGCCGCUUCGCCACGUCCGGCCUCAACCUGGACAGCGCCUGCAAGCUGUUGAGCGCCGACGGUCAGACGGAACCACCCUACACCACCUGGAAGAUCCGGCCCUCCGGCGAGGUCUGCCACACGCUUGACUACAUCUGGUACUCGCGGCACGCCCUGCGCGUCAACUCCGUGCUGGACCUCCCCACGGAGGCACAGAUAGGGCCGAACCGCCUGCCUUCCUACAACUACCCAUCAGACCACCUGUCCCUGGUGUGCGACGUCAGCUUCCGGGAAGAACCCGACCGGCUGCUGUAGGUCCCCAAGAACCGGGUGGGAGAUGCCGGCUGAACUAUUUAUUACCUUCAAAUUGCACAAGUCGACCAAAACUAAUUUAUUUUUUUUAUUCGUUGAAAUACAAAAUCUGAAUUGUUUGUGCUGCUCUGAAGUCUUAGUGUGUUGAGACAAGUGGGGUGGGACCCAAGGCUUGUCACUGAAAAGGUCUGUUAUUGUGUUCCCAUUUCGGACCCGUUUCCCUUACUGUCAGAACAGUUAAUCCAUCUAAAGCGGGAGUGGGGAUCCUGAUCCGUGGAGAGCUGGAGCCGGUGCGGGUUUUUGGGAUGGCCUUUCAGUCAGCCAAUAAAAAAGCAGCGAUUCUCAACUCCAGUCCUGGGGACCCACUGUGAUUGGCCAAUUGAGAGACCAUCCUGAAAAAACUGCACUUACACCGACCCUCUAUGCAACAGGUUCCCCACCACUGAUCCAAAGUGACAGAACUGUUUGAGUUUUUGUGGCUUUAUGUUUUUUUUUUUUAUCUUAAAAAUGGUUUAUGGUUACAGGUUUUAUGCAUGGAAGGUAAGAUGCUCUGCAAAUGCUGCAUAACUGGGGUGUGACUGAAAUAUAUCGCCCCCUGUAACAAGGCCGUCUUUGACUGUGUUUUUCUUCACUGUACUGUGGAAGAGGCUUAGGCAGCCCUGAUCCUGGAGUGGCGUAUUCAGCAGCUUGACGACGAACCACACCUGACAACCUGCUGGAUACUGUCACUCCAGGAUCAGAGAGGGCCGGACUGACCGCAGGUCACUCGUUGUUUGGUCAGGGUAGAUUAAGCACACCUGGGGUAGCCUGGGCUGGGGGAGGGGCUGGUAGGUGCUGGACCCAGUGCAGCUGCGGCCAUAUGCCAUCAUACCAACCUGUGUUAUAAACUGUCAAAUUUCUAACUGAACAUUUUGUGAAUGUGAUUCGAUGAUAUGCACAUUCAGCUGCCAUGGGUUAUUCUAGUUCAUUGCAGCUGAAUCCUUAACUUAUUCUGCAUAGACUGUUACAUGCGUAAGUGCAAUACUGGUGUUUGUACUCCCUUCCUGAUAAUAAAAUGUUCUGCUUGA